UGCACGCCCAUCCAUUCCUUCCCAUCACCACUUCUUACCAACACAACCAGGGCCAGCCUCGCACUUCUCUUCAAUAAGCUUGAUGACAGCCGGGCACUGUAGUGGAGGCGGAGGGGGGCACGGUCAGCCAUCCAAUUCAAGUUUAAUGAGGACCCCGAGGACAAUCGGAGCACGACGAUGGAAUCGACAGAGAUGAUGGGAAUCAAGAAGCGCAAUUUGCACGUGGGUGGUCAGAACAGUGAUAAAGACUCGCGUUUCAAGUUAGCCGGACUGUCGAGUCCACUUUCCCAUCCGAAUGCUCACCUUUGGACGUGGAACCCUUGCCUUGCAAUGCCUUGUCUUUUCGAGCUUCGUUUUGAGGGGUCUCCGCUAGUGUUUUUACGCCAUCUUUUAGCGCUACAAAAAUGCAAAGACUUUCACACAAUUCACACACCACCACACUUCCCCCUCAUCGACCAGGGAUUGGGGUUCUGCGCUUCACGAACUUUUUAUCUUUUUCGACGGUCAGCUGGAUGGAUACGAAGGGAUACGUGCUGGUCAUUCAUCUUCACACUCACCGUCGUGACCAAGCUGCGCGAGAAGAAGCCGACAAAUCCUGGAAUCUCAACACCUCUAUCACCCCUACGUACGCAGUACAGUUAUCAAAUGCCCCAAAAACCAAGUCGAUUGCAGAAACGGCACGAACACCAUGACCAUGUUACGGAACCAAAACGGCCCCUCUGGUUCUCAUCACAAGCCUCAUAUCAGUGGCUUCGGGUCCCUUCACACCUUGGCUGCCACAACGGGUAAAGACGAAGAAGACGAGUGGAGAGGGUCAACCAGGGGCCUGAGACCCCUUCGACCAGGGCCUUUCAUUGGUAAG